AUGCAUCACGCAACAUCACUCUUGGCCACAGCGGCGUCAUGUGUCGUCACCGCCAUAGCUCAGACUGUACAUCUGGCUGGUGACAGCACUAUGGUCGAUAAGGGAAGCAACGAUGGCACAGCCGGCUGGGGCAAAUAUCUACCCAACUACAUCAGCCUGGAUGUCAACAACAAGGCAGUAGCAGGACGAUCAGCCCGUAGCUACACUCGCGAAGGCCGCUUUACUGCUCUGGCCGACGAGGUCGAAGACGGUGACUUCGUAGUGAUCGAGUUUGGCCACAACGACGGUGGAAGUCUGUCGACAGACAAUGGCCGUACCGACUGCAACCCGACUGAUGCCGAUGGGUACGCCGCGACUUGUCAGACGACAUACAACGGCGUCUCCGAAACCGUCCAGACAUACUACACCUACCUCGUCAACGCCGCAGAACUCUUCCAAUCCAAAGGAGCCUCCGUUAUCAUCUCCAGCGCCACCCCCAACAACGUCUGGGAAGGUGGCAGCUACUCUUACAGCCCAUCGCGCUUCGUUCAGUACGCCCGAGAUGCGGCUACGGACUCUGGUUCGACGUUUGUGGAUCACCAAAUUUACACUGCUGCGCUUUACAGCAGACUCGGCAAUGAAGCUGUCAACGCCUUCUACCCGAACGACCACACUCACACAAGUCCAGAGGGAGCGAACGUGGUGGCACGGGCUUUCGUUUUGGGCUUGGAGGUUACUGACAGCGGGUUGAAGGAGUACAUUACGAGUCAUUGA